UUGACGUUUUCCUUGUCAGCAGGAGAAUCUUUCCUGUUUCUUUACGUUUACAGACGACACUAGAGAGAACUAUAUCAUAUGAAUAUUGCUUACCACCUCUCUCUCACUAUCUCUCUCUUUCAUAUCUAUCUCUCACUUGUGGUUAGCAAAAACAAAAAGUCACAGAACAUAUCUUCGAUGGAUUUCCGAGAGAAGCUCGUAAAGUUCAAGUUCCACAUCGUCUUUGCCUUCGUUUUAUCUCUCCUCACCGUCGCUCUCGUCACUUAUUCUCCCCGUUUCCUCACCGUUUUUUCUUACUUCUGGCCUCUAUUUCUCUCCACCACCCUCUUUCUCGCCGCCGUUUUCUUCUUCGCCCGGAACUCAGACCUUCCGACGUCAUCUGCUAUCUCCAGCGAUGGCUCCGGCAUAAAAGUGGCGGCAGAAGGGAUCCUUGACUAUGUCGUUGGCGGACAGCACGAAGACAGUACUCUCCUUGGUAGCUUCACUAAACUCGACUAGUAUGAGAUAUAUAUCUCUGUGACAAAAAAAAGAAGAGAUAUAUCUCUCUGUUUUAAGUAUUUUCGUUAGUUUACGAUUAAUAAUAAUAGAGAGUACUUAUAAAUGUAAUAGUAGUUAACCGUGGAAUAAGAAUAAAAAUCUUGCUUUAUGCUGUUUUGUGA